AUGACAUCCUCUAUAGAAACAGCAACACAACCAUUCGAUAGAGAACUCAAAAUCCUGAGUCCUCCCAAGAAUGGGGCUUCUAUCCCCGAAUUACCAGAAUCAGCUUACAAAUUAGACUCAAAUGAAAUCAAGCAGCUGUAUCAAUCAACGGUAGAACGUCGACAAAAUCUUGAAAACAGACCUUUGAAGACUCAAAAGAUGAGAGAUAGCGAGGACCAGGAAAAGUUGAAGAAAUACCCCAAAACAACAAUUCGUGUUCGAAUGCCUGACCACACUAUUGUGCAAGCAGUUUUUCAAUCCAAGGAGAGAGUCUCUGCUGUGUAUGACUUUGUGCGAUCCUUGUUAGAGACACCUGAACGUAAAUUUGUGCUCUGCUUACCACCAAGAACAAAACUUGUAGAACCAACAAUCACUCUAUUCAAGGCUGGAUUAUCACCCGCUUCCAAUGUCUUGUUUGGUUGGAUUGAAAAGGGAGAGAAAGCAGGCAACGAUUUAAAAGAAGAGUAUCUUGCCAUGAAGCAAGAUUUGACGCCAACUGCAUCUCCUCAAACAUCAUCUAAUGUACCUACUACAUCCUCAUCUAAUUCUGAUUCUAAAUCUUCGAAAUCUUCUUCAUCUACUUCAAAGCCUAUUCCAAAGUGGUUGCAAAAAGGGCUAUUUAAUAAAAAAUAA